UCACCACACCGGGUGGUAAUAUGUGUUGUGGGAUGGUUCGGCAGUUUCAUAAUACUGUAGUUGUAGCCAGUGAGUAGACAUCGGCUUUGGACAGCUGAUGAGGGGAAACGCAUUUGGUGUAUUCUUUGUUUCAAAUUAAACACCUCAAAGGCAGAUUAAUGCAUGUUCCACGAAAAUAGCCUCCUAUUCCAAUGAAAGCUAUUGAUGUCGGUGAGUCAUUGUGACCGAAGAUGUUUACAGAUAUGAUUGAGGUUGAAGAAUUCGAAAUCAAGGAGGAAGAACCUUGGUAUGACAACCAGGACCUUGAGCAUGACCUCCACCUGGCUGCUGAGCUGGGGAAGACCCUGCUGGACAGGAACAGAGAGCUGGAGCAGGGUCAUCAGCAGAUGUACUCCACCAAUCAGGAACAGCUACAGGAGAUAGAGUACCUGACUAAGCAGAUGGACCUCCUGAGGCAUGUGAAUGACCAGCAUGCUAAGGUCUACGAGCAGCUUGACCAGUCUUCCAGAGAGCUGGAGCAGAGUAACACCCGCCUAGUACAGGACAACAGGGCCGCCCAGCACAAGAUCCAGGGGCUGACCGAGAUGAUUGAAGCUCUACAGACUCAGAUGGAGGAUCUUCAAUGUCAGGUAGAGGAUCUGAAGACCGCCCCUGCCAAUCCCUAUAGGAAACCCCUUACAGAGGCAUGUCGGCCCUACGGGGCGCAGAGUGUGUACUGCCUGAAUGACCUGCAACACACACAGAGAUACUCAAGUCAUAACUCUGGUGACCAAUCUGAUGACCGCUGGUCUCCCUCUGACCUCUCGUGGCUAGAGGAGGAGCAGGAGUCGCUACGGCAAUCGCUCUGCUCUCUACAGACCCAGCUGGCCAAUGAACGUGCUCGGAGGGAGGGGGCGGAGCGAGAUGCAGACCUGCUAGCCAAUGAGAAUGUGGUGCUGGAGCAGCGCUUGGGAAUGAUGGCGGGGUGCCAGGCCAGACUAGCGGAGCUGGAGUGUGAGGCUGAGGAGCUUCGUCAGCUGUGGAGAGCCAACCACGCAACCAAAGCUUGGAGGUCAAGGGUCAGCCUGACAAUGCUGCCCAAUACCCUCUUCUUCCCCCUGAACCAGGAGAGGGGGAUGGGGGAGGAUGGAGAGAGCGAGGAAGAUGUGAUGGACGUCAGCUACCUUUCCAACCCGAAAGGUUGUGACAUCUUGAAGAGAUGCAACAGCGAGAAGCAGCUGAGGUCACCACGGGGUGAUGGGUCAGAGGUAGACGAGAGCCAUGAGCGUUCGUGUGUCCGCCAUUCAGAGGUGGUGAAGCAGCGUGGGAUCUCCCUCCUCAACGAGGUUGACGCUCAGUACAGCGCCCUGCAGGUAAAAUAUGAUGCGCUGCUGCAGCUCUGCCACCAGGGGGAGCCGUACCCAAACCAGCAGCACAACCACAAAGAGCUCCAAACACCGAGCGUAGCCCCCUCGGACUGCCCACAAUGCCCAGCCCUAGCCUCCCUUCGCAAGGCUGCAGGCAUAGACACAAAGGGCCAGGAGGAUGAACUUCACCAGCCUGAGUACAAGGCUCUGUUCAAGGAGAUAUUUACCUGCAUCCAGAAAACAAAAGAGGACCUGAGUGAGAGCAGAGGAAAGCCCUGGCAGUUGGCGUAGUAUGGCUUUCGUAGUAAACACGCAAAAAUGGCUCUGCUUUUGCACUGCACAUGCAGUUGUUUCUUGUUGGAGGUGAGCUAUUAAGCAAGCACCUUAUAGAUUGUAAGGCCUGGUAACUGAUGUACUGUGUCUGUAUCUGGUGGAACUGCAGCUGAAUCGAUUACCAACUCUAAGUUCUCAUCUCUAUCUAUGGAUGCUGGAGCAGCCAGAGAAAGGCAACAAACAUCAGCUGAUAUACCAGCUCUUUUGCAUGGAACAAACAGUGCCUAACAUUCAGUCUACAUCAUUCUGCCUCAAUCAACCUGCCCUACCUGAGCCAUGUUGCCCUUAGAUUAGCGUCUUGGGGCAAUGUUCUUCUACUCUCAGGAACCAGGAACCUCUGGAAACUUUCUGUGGACUAGUGCUUUUCCAUGGUACCUCUAUGCACUGUUCAAUCAAAAGCUACAUAUCCUUUUAAAGUGACAAUGUCUGAGCCUGAUGGUCAAAACGGUAACUUUAUCAUCUUUGUGCCUCAAACGCCACUGUUUCUUACUCUUGGUGAUGAGUAAAGACAAAUUAUGUGAAUUUACGUCUCAGAUUUGUACUGUAUGUCUUCAAAAAAGUUAGCAUGAUCCUAAAAUGUAAAAACUCAAGUAUUUGGGUAUGAAGACUGAGUUGUAUGUACAUGAUUGAUGUAGUAGUUAGCAAUAUAAUCUAAUGAGGCUAUACCAGAACUCCGAUAUGUGCUGUGAUAUUACUGUGCUUUCCAAAUACAAUGUUGACAUUUCAUGAACUAAGUAUUUUUCCGAUGGUUUGCCAGACGGUCCGGUUAAUUGUUUUUGCUGCCUAACUCAUGCUAUCCUAAUGUAUCAUGAUAAACACCCCCUUCAUUGACAUCACUGUAAAAUCACAUUGUAAUGAGAUGCACUUUAGACUAGCACAGGGAUGUUAUUUUCUGACAAUUUAUGUAGUUAGCCACUGUAUAAGAAGUGCUGUUAGUAACUCCUGUUCAAUGUAUUAGAUACAGUACCACUUAAAAGUUUGGACACACCUACUCAUUCAAGGAUUUUUCUUUAUUUGCAUUUUUUUUUUUUUUUUUACAGUAUAGCAUAAUAGUGAAGACAUCAACUAUGAAAUAACACAGAAUAAUGUAGUAACCAAAAGUGUUAAACAAAUCAACUUAUAUUUGAGAUUGUUCAAAGUAGCCACCCUUUGCCUUGAUGACGGCUUUGCACUCUCUUGGUAUUCUCUCAACCAGCUUCAUGAGGCAGUCACCUGGAAUGCGUUUCAAUUAACAGGUAUGCUUUGUUCAUUUGUGGAAUUUCUUUCCUUCUUGAUGCGUUUGAGCCAAUCAUUUGUCUUGUGCUAAGGUAGGGGUGGUAUACAGAAGAUAGCCCUAUUUGGUAAAAGAUCAAGUCCAUAUUAUGUCAAGAACAACUCAAAUAAGCAAAGAGAAAUGACAGUCCAUCAUUACAUUAAGUCAGUCAAUGCGUAAAACUACAAGAACUUAAGUUCAAGUGCAGUCGCAAAAACCAUCGAGCGCUAUGAUGAAACUGGCUCUCAUGAGGACCGCCACAGGAAAGGAAGACCCAGGGGAUAAAUUCAUAAGAGUUAACUGCACCUCUGAUUGCAGCCCAAAUAUAUGCUUUACCGAAUUCAAGUAACAGACACAUCUCAACAUGAACUGUUCAGAGGAGACUGAAUCAGGCCAUGGUCAAAUUGCUGCAAAGAAACAACUAAAGGACACCAAUAAGAAGAAGAUACUUGCUUGGGCCAAGAAACAUGGGCAAUGGACAUUAAACCAGUGUAAAUCUGUCCUUUGGUCUGAUGAGGACAAAUUUGAGAUUUUUGGUUCCAACCUACAUGUCUUUGUGAGACGCAGACUACAGCAAGUGAAAGGAUGAUCUCUGCAUGUGUGGUUCGCACCAUGAAGCAUGGAGGAGGAGGAGGUGUGAUGUUGUGGGGGUGCUUUGCUGGUGACACUGUCAGUGAUUUAUUUAGAAUUCAAGGCACACUAAACCAGCAUGGCCAACACAGCAUUCUGCAGCGUUUCACCAUCCCAUCUGGUUUGUGUUUUGUGGGAUGAUCAUUUGUUUUUCAACUGGACAAUGACCCAACACACCUCCAGGCUGUGUAAGGCCUAUUUGACCAAGGAGAGUGAUGGAGUGCUGCAUUAGAUGACCUGGCCUCCACAAUCACCCAACCUCAACCCAAUUGAGAUGGUUUGGGAUGAGUUGGACCACAGAGUGAAGGAAAAACAGCCAGCAAGUGCUCAGCAUGUGGGAACUCCCUGUUGGAAAAGCAUUCCUCAUGAAGCUGGUUGAGAGAAUGCCAAGAGUGUGUGAAGCUGUCAUCAAGGCAAAGGAUGGCUACUUUGAAGAAUCAAAAAUAUAUUUCGAUUUAUUGAACACUUGUUGGUUACCACAUGAUUCCAUAUGUGUUAUUUCAUAGUUUUGAUGUCUUCACUAUUAUUGUACAAUGUAGAAAAUAGUACAAAUAAAGAAAAACGAAUGAGUAGGUGUGUCCAAACUUUUGAGUGGUACUGUAAAUACAUAGAGUACAUGUGUAAUCUUUGUGAUAAAUGCAAACCCAGAGGAUUCCGUGUCUCUAUUGGUCCAUUAUUAUAACUGCAAUGUCAUGUGGUUUGCCAAGGUGGUAGCUAUUAUUAUCUAUGUAAUCUAAACAAAGCGGUUCAUACAGGAUGGAGCAUCAUCAUCACAAGACCGGGACAUAAUUCUCACUUUGUGACAGGGACAUAAUGGAGAGCACAGCAGGGUGGGAGACAGUACGUUUUUGUUUGUAUGUGUGUUUUUGUCUACAUAUUAGUGACUGAUUCACAGGUUAGGCACCUUAUACAAGGGUUAAAGGUCAGGCUAGUCUUAAUGUAAAUGCCAAGUAAGACAAGAAUCUGGAGAUUUAGUACUUAUCAUUGUUUGAUGGCAUAGGCCUACAAACAACCACACAAAGCAAUCAUCCUCUGUCUAAAAAAUGCUAUUAUGAAUUUGCACUUAGAUUUCUACCAGUACAUACAUAUGGUAAUAUGUCUUCUUGAGAGUGGGGGAUGGGGUUCAAGGUAAUUUCAAGGAAACUAGACUCACAGUAAUACAAAGGCAUUUCCUCAUGGUGUCCUCUGUUUUUUUUAAUGCUUACUAAUGAUGGCACUGAAUGGAAUGUUGACAAACUUGUUGGUGAACAAGAUACGGUCUCUCACUGAGAAAUCAACUGCUUGAAUUUAUUAUUAUUUUUGCUUUAUUUAACUAGGCAAGUCUGUUAAGAACAAUUUCUUAUUUACAAUGACAGCCUAGGAACAGUGGAGUUAACUGCCUUGUUCAGGUGCAGAACGACAGAUUUUUAUAUUGUCAGCUCAGGGAUUCGAGCAGCCUUUCGGUUACUGGCCCAACGCUCUAACCAAUAGGCUACCUGCCCCCCCAUUUGCACCAUAUUUGAUAAGCAAAUAUGGUGCAAAGAAACAAAUGGCGAACUUCAGUGUCACUUUUUGCUGAAGGAGUGAAAUAUGGCUGCAGGUUAACUUUCUGGUAAACUAUUAAUUCACUUUUAUGUUUGUACUCGUGCUUACUGUAAGCUGGUAAUAGCAGGAGUCUCUGGGGGAGGAGAGGAGAGAAACCCUGCCUCCAAAAUGAGUAUUUCUGGGGAGAACAACUGAUGAACACAUGGGCAAAAUCUAACCAGAGAGACCAGACUCACCUGUACCCAGCUGUGUGUCCAUGAAGAGGGAACCUAUAGAGAGAACCUAUAGAGAUUAGACAGGGACCAUUCACUCCUAAAAAUAGGGAUCAAUCCAACUCCCCUGUACCUAGCUGUGUGUCCAUGAAGAGUAACCAGUCCAUUAGAGAACCUAUAUAAUUCAGAGAAGGACCUUUUCAAACUAACCAAAGGGUCCAGCAGGAGAGACCAGACUCCCCUGUACCCAGUGGUAUAUCCAUGAAGAGUGACCAGUCAAAGAGAGAGCCUGUAGAAUUCCGGACUGGAGACUUUCCUCCAAAACAAGAGUAAAAAGUCUUGUUGUCAUUUUAAGAAAUCUGAGUGCGAUUUCCAGAGAUAAAAAAAGCUUAGCAACGGUACUUGCCUUGUUCCUACACAGAGUACCCAGAGACCAAUAUGAGAAGUCAGAGUCAUACAUUCCAAAUGGUCAGUCUGCCCCAAGUCAUGAAAUGGACCUGUUCUCCAUAUUUAAGGUGGGUUGUCUUAAUUUGCUCGUGCUGGAAAAUGGCUUCGAAACCUCAAUUCUUACCUCCAAGACUGUUUUGACUUAGUACUCUAUGUCAUUUUGAAUUGUUUGUUGCAAUUGCUUGAAUGCAAUGUCAUCUCUUUUGUAAAGAAUGAAUUGAAGAGGUUCCAGAGGAUUCUUGGUAAAGAUUACACAGAUAAACAUACUAAGAAUGAGAAGCAGAGCAGUGCCAGAGAAGGGGCUCUGAAGACCACACUGCACGUUCUGAGGAACAUGAACCAGAAGGAGCUGGCUGACUCGCUGGAGAAACAUAAGAAUUCAAGUCUUUGUUGGUCGGAGGCUAGAUCCUCUUUACCUACAGCAAAAAAUCUGAUGCAUCUGCCAUUCUUCCCUUGAGUAGGGCAGUUAACCCCCAACAACAACUGCUCCUCUGGCGCCGAUGACGUGAACAUAGAUUAAGGCAGCACCCGCACCUCUGAUUCAGAGGGGUUGUAUUUGUAUUUAUUAUGGAUUCCCAACUACUCUUCCUGGGGUCCAACAAAACUAAGGCAGUUACACAAUCUGAGUGUUCCCUCAGGCCACUAAUGUUACCACAUAUUUACAACACAAAAUCCAUGUGUACAUGUGUGUAUAGUGCAUAUGUUUUCAUGUGUUUAUAUGCAUGUGUCUGUGCCUAUGUUUGUGUUGUUUCAGUCCGGCUCUUCCAUAAUUUUUAAAAUAUUUUUUAAAAUGAUUUUACUGCUUGCAUUAGUUAAUGUGGAAUAGAGUUCCAUGUAGUCAUGGCUCUAUGUAGCACUGUGCACCUCCCAUAGUCUGUUCUGGACUUGGACAGUGAAGAGACCUCUGGUGGCAUGUCUUGUGGGGUAUGCCUGGGUGUCUGAGCUGUGAUUUAGUAGUUUAAACAGACAGCUCGGUGCAUUCAACAUGUCAAAACCUCUCACAAAUACAAGUAGUGAUGAAGACAAUCUCUCCUCUACUUUGAACCAGGAGAGAUUGAUAAUUUUAGCUCUCCCUGUACAUUUUAGGGCCAGCCGUGCUGCCCUGUUCUGGACCAAUUGGAAUUUUCCUAAAUCCCUCUUUGUGGCACCUGACCCCAUGAUUGGACAGUAGUCCAGGUGCGACCAAACUAAGGGCUUUAGGACCUGCCUUGUUGAUAGCGUUAUUAAGAAGGCAGAGUAGCGCUUUAUUAUGGACAAACCUUUCCCCAUCUUCCCUACUGUUGCAUCUGACCAUGACAGUUUACAAUCCAUGGUUAUACCAAGAAGUUCAGUUUCCUCAAUUUGCUCAAUUUCCACAUUAUUAAUUACUAGAUUUAUUUGAGGUUUAAUAUUUUAGCGAAUGAUUUGUCCCAAAUACAAUGCUUUAAGUUUUUGAAACAAUUAGGACCGACUAUACUGAACAAAAAUAUAAACUAAAUAUGUAACAAUUUGAAAUAUUUUACUGAGUGAAAGUUCAUGAGGAAAUCAGUCAAAUCAAAUCAUUAGGCCCUAAUCUAUGGAUUUCACAUGACUGGGAAUAUAGAUAUCUGUUGGUCACAGAUACCUUAAGAAAAUGGGCCUCACAAUGGGCUUCAGGAUGUCGUCACAGUAUUUAUGUGCAUUCAAAUUGCUAUCAAUAAAAUGCAAUUGUGUUAGUU